CACGGUUUUAUCUGUUAAAAGUCGUUAAACUCCGACCGACAGUUGAGGAUAUUCAAGUCGGAUACUGUUGACAUGCUUUAUUUGGACCAUCAUCAUGGACAAGAUUUUGGAGGGCCUCGUGAGCUCCGAUCACUCUGUUCCAGUGAAGAGGGCCAUUGUGAAGAAGGUAGUGGAAGCAGCAGAGAAAGAGGUGACAGAGGAGCAGUGUCAGGCACUGUUUACUCUCACCACCCGGCUCAUCUUGCUCGGUGAAGAUGCCUUCCAGAAGCAGAUUGGCUUCCAGGUUUUGGAAGCCUAUGCACGCUACCACCGCCCAGAGUUUGAGCGUUUCUUCAGUAAAGACUUUGUCCUCAGUCUUCUCCAGCAGGGCUACAGCCAGCUGGACCGCAAAGACCCAGCCAUAAUAGACUACAUUCACUGCUGCCUGCGGCUUCUCAUCAGCUGCCCCUCAGUGUUGGAGAUCUUCAGUGUGAUCCAGGUGGAGGUUUUAAGGAUGGUGUGUGAACGUCCGGAGCCUGCUGUUUGUGCCCGUCUGAGCACUCUGCUGUCUGACUUUGUGCAGUGCAUCCCGAGAGAUAAGUCGGGCGUCUUGUUCUGCCAGCAGCUGGUCAGGACCAUCAGUUACUUCCACUGCUUUUCUAGCCAAGAGCUGGAGCUAAAAGAGUAUGUACGUCAGGUGACUAAGGUUAGCACACUGCUGCAGAACAUCUGGAAGGCUGAGCCUGCCACACUGCUUCCCUCACUGCAGGAAGUCUUUGCCAUCAUCUCUUCAACAGACCCCGCCUUUGACCCAUCCAUCGCCCUUGCCAGCCUGGUCCAGCACAUCCCCAUCCAGAUGAUCACAGUGCUUAUCAAGAGCCUGACCACAGACCAGAAUGUUAAAGACGCAAGCAUGACUAAAGCACUCUGCAGGAUGAUUGACUGGCUUUCUUGGCCUCUGGCCCAGCAUGUUGAUACCUGGGUCAUUGCUUUACUGAAAGGACUUGCUGCAGUUCAGAAGUUCACUAUCCUUAUUGAUGUCACUCUGCUCAAGAUUGAACUGGUUUUCAGUCGUCUGUGGUACCCCAUAGUGCGGCAGGGGGCGCUAGCUGUGCUGUCUCAUAUGCUGCUGAGUUUCCAGCACUCUCCUGAGGCCUUCCAUUUGGUUGUUCCACAUGUGGUGCACCUAGUCCAAUCCUUAAGGACAGAUGGUCUCCCUACCAGUAAAGCUUUCUUGUUGCAGUUCACCGAGCUCAUACAAUGCAUGAUGUACCAGUACUCUGGCUUCCCUGACCUCUAUGACCACAUACUAGAGGCCAUCAAGGAUCUUCCAAAACCUGGAGAGGAAAAGAUAAAACUGGUGUUGAAUCAAAGUGCCUGGACAUCUCAGUCCAACUCAUUUGUGUCUGGUCUACUGAGGCAAGCUGGGAAGUCUGAGACAGGCAAGACAGGCCUGAUUAACCUGGGCAAUACCUGUUACAUGAAUAGCAUCAUCCAGACCCUCUUCAUGGCCACAGAUUUCAGAAGGCAUGUUUUAUCAUUACAACUAAAUGGUUCCAACACACUAAUGAAAAAGCUUCAGCUGCUUUUUGCUUUCCUUGCGCACACUCAGAGGGCAGCAUAUGCUCCCAGAAACUUCUUGGAAGCAUCUCGGCCUCCCUGGUUCAAUGUGGGCUCUCAGCAGGACUGUUCUGAGUACCUCAGGUUUCUUCUAGACAGGUUACAUGAAGAGGAGAGAACCCUUCAGGUCCUGGAAUCAGCUAAGCCAAAGGUUGUUGACCCAAGCAGCAAAGACCCAACAGGUCAGGCUUCUCCAGAGCAAGGUGAAGAGUUGUCUUUGACUCCUGCAGAAACCAAACCUGGGAAUGAUGGGAAGACUUUGAUAGAAAGGAUGUUUGGUGGGAAACUGAUCACAGGAAUUCGCUGCAUGCAGUGCAACUGCAUCUCUGAGAAAGAGGAGCCUUUUACAGACCUCUCUUUGGCCUUCUGUCCUUCUGCCACCUCUCAGUAUCGCCCUCAGCCUGAGGGGCCCUCAGAGGAGCCCAAGGUUCUCUGUCAGGGAUCUGUCAAUGGUGGCAGUGAAAUUCCUGAUCCAGGCUCAGCCAAAGCCCCAGCUAGCAAUGUCCAUUUUGUGCCAGUGACAAAUGAGCCUCCUCUCUCUGUGCCUGACCUGGUGAACUAUUUUCUGGCUCCAGAGAUCCUGGAUGAAGACAAUGCUUAUUUCUGCGAGAAGUGCAGCUCCCUCCAGCGGGCAGAGAAGACCAUGAAAGUGGUGUCAGCACCUGAGUACUUGAUCCUCACCCUGCUGAGAUUCUCAUAUGAUGCCAAAUGCCAUGUCCGGAGGAAGAUUCUGGAAAAUGUCACCAUCCCACCACUAAUGAGACUUCCAGUACAUGCCCCUUCAAUGCCUGUACAAUGUUCCUCUUCUACCUCUUCUAACCUGCAAGUGGAUUCUCCUGAGAGCAGUGAGAAUCUGGCCAAGAAACUCAAACCAUCUCAAAAAGAUGAGGAGGAAGAGGAGAAGGAGAGGAUAGAUGGAAAAGAGCAGAUAACUGGAGGAGGAGAAAUGUCUGUCCUGUCAGUGCCCUAUGUUCUCAGCUCAGUGGUGAUGCAUUCUGGUAUAUCAUCCGAGAGCGGCCACUACUACUCUUACGGCCAUAACAUCAACGGAGCAGAUGGAACACAGCAUCCAGCCAAUCACUUUGCCCUCAAGGAGGAUUUGGGGAACGGCCAGGCCGAGUGUAGCCUCUCCACUUGCUCAGCUCUCUCAAUUCCACCCGAACAAGGAGACACAGUCCCUAAUAGUGUCCAGGAGGCAAGAGAUUGGCUGCUGUUCAACGACAGCAGAGUGACAUUCACAUCCUUCCAAUCGGUGCAAAACAUUACUAAUCGCUUUCCCAAGGACACAGCUUAUGUGCUUAUGUACAGAAAACAGGAGCUACUAGGGCAGGACAUAAAUGGGGGACUGAUGGCAAAUGGAAUGAGACUGAAUGCUGAACCUCCCCUGCAGAAAGAAUUGCUUGAUGCAAUUAUCAAGGACAACAAGCUGUAUUUACAGGAACAGGAGCUGAAUGCUCGGACCCAGGCUCUCCAGGCUCCUUCAUCUUCCUGCUCAUUCAGGCCCAACGGUUCAGAUGACAAUAACCCACCAGGGAGCUGUGGUCCAUCUGGUGGAGGAGGAGGAGGAGGGGGGGGCUUCAAUACCAUUAGCAGACUGGUAUUCUGAAAGACCGAAAUGCUGCAAGAGACCCAUAUGAACUGGCACUAAAGGAGUCCUGGACUGCUUGAUUCAAGAGCCUGAACUGUCAUAUCAUAGAUGUGCAUAUAACUUCAUUAAAAAGAGCACUGAAAUCACACACACACACACACACACACACACACACACACACACACACACACACACACACACACACACACACACACACACACACACAGUAUCUGUGCUGAUCUUAGAUUUGAUUUUGACUAAAAUGGUUUUCAUACCACUAUUUCAGUCAUCAUUUAAUAUUUAAAUUUUUAUUUAUUCAGGGUAUUUUUUUGUGAUCCUAGUAUUGUAAUCUUUCAUUAACUUUCAAAUAAUUUUAAAACUUGAGGUGGAAAACACUCACUGGUGCAAGUGUAUUCUCUCCCUUAAAUUAAAGAAAUAUGGCAAAAUAUCAUUUGAUUUUAUUGAAAUAACUUCAAUAACCAUUAACCUCAUAAUAAUCUUUACAUUACACAUGAUUAAAUGUGUGAACCAGUGUAAAACUGGUUCAGUCUAGAACAUGCUCAUGUUAUCUAGCUUGUCUUGAGUGUUUAUAAUAUUACCUCACACACAACACACACAAACAUAUGCAAACACAUGCAUGUGCAGUGCACAAUACAGAAGAAAGUAUCAACUGUAAGAUAAAAUGUUUUUGAUUUGUCAUAGUUCUGAAUACACAGCUCACAAACUUUGUUUACUUUUCUGAUUUGCAUGCAGCAGAUUUUCUUCACGAGCUGUGGAGUUUGAUUUUCAAGAUAUUUGAAUCUUUUUGAUGUGUGCUUUGGUGUUUUAUAGGUUUCAUAUCCCAUGCAAUAAAUGUAUAUAUGACUUGAACAUGAUUUCUGCAUAAUCAUGGAAUACAAAAUAUAUAUGGAAAGUGAAAUCUAUAUAUGGGAAAUUUCCAAAAAGCAUUUUCAGUAAGAAUAUUAGAAGCUGUUCUCACACUGUUAGCUAGUGUGAUUUACAGAGGACUAAAUUGCAAACUACUUGUUUAAACAUAUUUGACUACAGGUAACUUUUUGGCAGCAUAUUUUAAUGUAUUCCUCUGAUUUGAUCAUUCAGGGAGACUUUUGUGUUCAUGCUGAUUUUAUGUGCCUUUUGAUAUUUAAUGCAGACUUUUGAAGAGGAAUUUCUCUGAAUUUACACCUCGGCUGUACUGUGUUAAUAUUCACAAUGGCUUCACCUUUCCCUCCAGUAAAAAGAAAUCAGUA